AUGGGAGACUGUUGUAUCAAAGGUUUCCGGUGGAACGACAAACCAAAAGGCCGAGAUGCCAAACUUGGCGGGUUUGACUGCUAUGUCACGGGGUCAAACCAGAGUGUGGCCAUCAUGAUCAUCCACGACCUUUAUGGAUGGACGUUCUCAAACACACGAAUCCUGGCGGAUCAUUACGCCCAGGAGGUUGAUGCCACCGUCUACGUCCCCGACUUCUUCGGCGGUGAAGUCGUUCCGGCCGAGAUCGUCUCGGAUCAAAGCCGAUGGGGCGAAAUCGAUAUUCCAUCCUUCAUGGUUCGCAACUCCAAGACUAUACGGGAACCGGAGAUCUUCGCCUGCGCGAAAGCCCUACGCGAUCAAUACGGUCGUGUUGGAGCAAUCGGAUUUUGCUUCGGCGGCUGGGCUGUCUUCCGUCUUGGAGCUAAAGGCAACCAGUUGGUUGACUGCAUUUCCACCGCUCAUCCAAGCCUCCUCGAGAAGCACGAGAUCGAAAAUGUUGGCGUCCCAGUCCAGAUUCUGGCUCCUGAAAAGGAUGUGGUGUUCACAGAGGAGCUCAAGGCCUAUAGCAACCAGGUUAUUCCCACCUUGGGCAUUGCCUAUGAUUACCAGCAUUUUCCAGGCCUUGAGCAUGGCUUCGCCAUACGAGGCGAUCCCACAAACCCUCCUGAGAUGAAGGGCUUAGAGAGGGCAAAGAAUGCGGCAGUUGUGUGGUUUCGGCAGUGGCUCCAUGACCAGUGA